CGUUCAUCUCUACGUGAUGUGGACAGCCGAUGGGGACUUCGCUCUCAUCCGAUACCCUUACAUGGGGAGCCCUCGUCACCUCCCGUCCCGCCUGCUAUUUUCGACUCUUCCAUCGAGAGUCUGCGGUCCAUCGUCUGAAAAUCUGUCCAACCAGGACCGCGCAAAAGGUCAUACGCUACCCGUUGCCGUCGUGGCACGCAGGGGUUCCGUACUUCUGAGCCUCACAUACACGACUUCGUUACCCGCCGGGGGCGCAUUUUCAACUUUUCGAGUCAAUGCGUCUCCACGCCAGUGCCUGUCCUUAAGCGUCCCUGACGUCCUUAACUCAGCCUCAGAGCACACGCCAAGCGGUUAAGAAAUGCUUGGAGAAGCUUGAGAUGGAAAGAAGGUGGUUCUAAAGCGGAACCCGGGGUCGAUCCGGAGUGGGGACUUGUCCGGGAGCGAGCUUCGGGCCUCCCACAUCCCGCUUCGUCGUUGGGGUUCCCGACAUUGGCGGAAAGGCUUCCUAAGUUUGGUUCCAUGACAUUUGGGCCUUCUCAGGUAAAAGUUCCCAGGGGCACCGGAUGACGAGGCCACUCUCCACUUGGCGGGUGGCGCCGCUGCGCGUUUGCGCAAGCUUCAAUGAGAUUGGACUAAAUUCCGCUGACUUGAACAAAACAUGCUCGACGAAGCUCGGGAGACAGUGGGCUUCAGCGGAGAGACCUUGUCAAGCUUGUUUAUUUCCCUGGGCCACAUCGGUCUGUGGGAGGGCUUUGGAAAGGGGCGGAGAAGGCUCUCGCGGGGCCCGAACUUUUCUUCCCUUUUUGUCUCCUGUGCAUCAGUCAAUGCGGAACACUUGCGGAAUAUAUGGAAGACGUGAAAAAGUGACCAGAGAAAAAGAACAUCUUCGAGAUAUCGACAUACAGCUCGAUUGACUUUUGACUUUGAACUAUCUUUGUCAUUGAGCAGACGAGCUGAGUGUGCAUGCGUGGUGUGGAGCAGAAAU